AAUGCCAUAGCCAAAAUAAUUAAUCAGACAAUGAAAUGUCAAACAUGGUUUCCAGUUUUACCCUUUUCCCCUAAGAACAAUGUGUUUUCAAAUACCUAUGAUUUAAUGCACAUCUCCUUCACAAGGAUUCAGCUGAGAGAAUUAAGACUACUCCCCCACCCCCAUUCUCAGUCUCCGAAGUCUUUGCAGCCAACAUGGAAAGAAGGGUAGUAUCCCGAAAACCGAUUCUUCUUUCCAUUGCACCAGUACUUCUGGUAUUGGCUGUUUUUUCUUCCUCAUUAUCUGAAGCAGCCGAUUCAAAAGCAUCUUUCGAAGAUAAUUUCGAUGUAACAUGCCCCGUGGAUCAUUUUACAACUUCUGAAGACCGCCAGAUCUGGUAUCUGUCCCUAGACCAAAAAGGAGGUUGUGGGUUUAAAACAAAACAAAGUUACAGAUUCGGGUGGUUCAGCAUGAAGCUCAAGUUGGUCGGAGGUGACUCUGCUGGUGUAGUUACGGCUUAUUAUAUGUGCUCGGAAAAUGGAGCAGGACCAGAGAGAGACGAGGUAGAUUUUGAGUUCUUGGGGAAUAGGACAGGGGAGCCCUAUCUGAUUCAGACAAAUAUUUACAAGAAUGGUACUGGAGGCCGUGAGAUGAGGCACGUGCUCUGGUUUGAUCCCACCGAGGACUACCAUUCAUAUUCAGUUCUGUGGAACAACUGGCAAAUUCUGUUCGUUGUGGAUGGAGUACCAAUGAGGGUGUACAAGAACAAUGGGAAAGAGAACAAUUUCUUUCCAAACCAGAAACCGAUGUACUUGUUCUCGAGCAUAUGGAAUGCGGAUGACUGGGCCACAAGAGGUGGGUUGGAGAAGACAGACUGGAAGAAAGCUCCAUUUGUGUCGUCGUAUAAGGAUUUCGAUGUGGAUGCUUGCCAAUGGGAAGACCCUUACCCUGCUUGCGUGUCAACCACCACUGACCACUGGUGGGAUCAAUAUGAUGCUUGGCAUCUCUCUGAUGCUCAGAAACUUGAUUACGCUUGGGUCCAGAGAAACCUUGUUAUUUAUGACUAUUGCUCGGACACUGAAAGGUACCCAACUUUGCCAGAAGAGUGUUCGCUCAGUCCAUGGGAUUGAUCCACCACACAGAUUUUUUUUUUUUCAAUUGAAUUUUGAAUCAAUUAUAAGAUGUGUACUGUUGAGAAAUUAUUGUUUCUUUUUAUUUUUAUUUAUUUUUUAUUUUUUUAAAGGUCUAUUAUAUUUGUUAAAUCCAAUUAUGUUUAGUCCAAAUAUCAUUCAACUUCUAGUGUAAAAAAAAAAAAAAAAAAAAAAAAAAAUUGAUAAAAAUAUUUUCUUCUU